AGGGCUCAUAACAAGGCUAAGCACAAAAAACAUGUUAGAAACUGAUUCAGCUUGGAGCCCCACCUCUCCUUUAGAGUAUAAACCCUUCCCCAAUUCAGGCACUAGUAGUAGUGUCAAAUCCCUUAUUAAACCACUUGACCUAAAGAGUUGGGAUUGCAAUAGUGUUGGGCUUGGCCUAGUGAAUUCCCUCGCCGACGAUACCGCACCGUGGUCACGAACAGUGCUUUUGGGGCUCGAGGCCAGGAUGAACACCCUUAGUUCGAAAUUCAACUUGAAUUUGUUAGAAUGUAAUCCUGAAUCAUCCCUCGAAGCUACAAACACGGCUUUACAAGCUCGUAAUUCGAUUUUGGUCAGCGAGAUCGUGGAUUCGGAGGAUUACACUUGUGUAAUUUCCCGUGGUCCGAAUCCGAAAACAACCCACAUUUUCGGGGAUUUCAUAUUGGAGACUCGCACCGAAGAGAUAGUAUCUCCCUUGGCUGUGGAAUCCUCUGAGGAGCCUAUACUUGAACCUUGUGGUGGUAUUUUUGGCAUGUGUGGGUAUUGCAAGAAGACACUCGGAGAAGGAGAAGAUAUUUAUAUGUUCAGGGGUGAGGAAGCUUUUUGCAGCAGUGAUUGCAGGGAGAGAUUCAUCAAAGAGGAGAUUGAGGAGGAGAUGAAUACAAAACACUGUUCCUCUUCUUCUUUUAGUUCAUCCUACAGUGGGGAUUGCUUUUUCCAAAUCACCAGUCACUGAGAAAAUUGUAGCAUGGUUUAGUGAACAACUUGAUCAUUUUAUGAGCUGUUGAUCUUUUUUGCAGCCAUGGAUGAUCACCAAAAAGUUGUUUGCUAAAGCUUUUUUUUUUUUGUGUGUGUUAUUUGUUUGCCUUUUUUUUCCUUUUCCUUUCUCUCUUUUUUAGGGGUCUUCCAAUUGA